GCAGGUGCGCGAGACCGAAGCCGGCAAACAUGGUCGCAGCCAAUUUCCCCAGCCCCGCUUUGACCGCGCGAGCAGGGGUGUUACUCUUGUGCUUGAGCAGCUUGGCCGCUAGUCAGAUCGAGGAUCAAGCGGAACAGUUCUUUAGAAGUGGCCAUACAAACAACUGGGCUGUUUUGGUGUGUACAUCCCGAUUCUGGUUUAAUUAUCGACAUGUUGCAAAUACUCUUUCUGUUUAUAGAAGUGUCAAGAGGCUAGGUAUUCCUGACAGUCACAUUGUGCUGAUGCUUGCAGACGACAUGGCAUGCAACCCUAGAAAUCCUAAACCAGCUACAGUGUUCAGUCAUAAGAAUAUGGAACUAAAUGUAUACGGAGAUGAUGUAGAAGUGGAUUACAGAAGCUAUGAGGUAACUGUGGAGAAUUUUUUACGAGUAUUAACUGGGAGGAUCCCACCUAGUACUCCUCGUUCUAAACGUCUUCUUUCUGAUGACAGGAGCAAUAUUCUUAUUUAUAUGACAGGACAUGGUGGAAAUGGUUUCUUGAAAUUUCAAGAUUCUGAAGAAAUUACCAACAUAGAACUUGCAGAUGCUUUUGAGCAAAUGUGGCAGAAAAGACGCUACAAUGAACUACUAUUUAUUAUUGACACUUGCCAAGGAGCAUCCAUGUAUGAACGAUUUUAUUCUCCUAAUAUAAUGGCUUUAGCUAGUAGCCAAGUGGGAGAAGAUUCACUCUCGCAUCAACCGGAUCCUGCAAUUGGAGUCCACCUUAUGGAUAGAUACACGUAUUAUGUCUUGGAAUUUUUGGAAGAAAUAAAUCCAGCUAGCCAAACUAAUAUGAAUGACCUCUUUCAGGUGUGUCCCAAAAGUCUGUGUGUGUCUACUCCUGGACACCGUACUGAUCUUUUUCAGAGGGAUCCUAAAAAUGUCCUAAUAACUGAUUUCUUUGGAAGUGUACGGAAAGUGGAAAUUACAACAGAUACUAUUAGUCUGCAACCAGUUUCAGGAACCAUGGAAAGCAGAUAUAAAGAAGACCAGAUGGAUGAGGAACUAAUAGAACCUCUGAAAUAUGCUGAACAACUUCCUGUAGCUCAGAUAAUACACCAGAAGCCAAAACUGAAAGACUGGCAUCCUCCUGGGGGUUUUAUCCUGGGACUCUGGGCACUCAUUAUCAUGGUUUUCUUCAAAACUUAUGGAAUCAAGCAUAUGAAGUUCAUUUUCUAGACAUAAUGCUAUAUGACGAAGACCAUGUGGAAGAUAAAAUCUUGGAUACAAAUUUCUUGUCAUUAUAUAUUUUUUAAAAAUACAUUGCUAUUGUAUAAAUUGGCAAAAUUUACAAGGAAGCUGUACAUUUGAAUGAACUAUUGACUUUCUAACUUAAAGAAAAAUAAUUCUUGAGCUCUCCUGCCUACCUGUGGCUAUGCAGGUACCUGUCUUUUUUUUCUCCUUUUCCUAGUAAACCUGUCCCUUUAAAAAUGUUUAAAAAAAAAAAAAGACAAAAUCAGAAUGAAUGAUUGUUUGACUCUUCUUUGAAAAUAACAAUUUCUCCCUACCCUCUUUUCAUUUGGAAAAGGAAAAAAAUGUGAAGACAGUAAAUCUCGUUAGGAGAGGUAACUUCUGUUAGCAGUUUUGUGUAUGUUCUCCCAAUCAUUUUUUCCUAUGUGCAUAUAUUUUUUUUCAAAAUAGAAGUCAUAUGGAAUAUACCAUUUUGAAACAUUACUUUUCAUUUGACUGUAUGUUAAUCAACCCUUUCCUUCUGGAAUAUUCUUCAAGUAUACACUGGAUAUGGCUGCAUAGUAUCUAUUUUUUGAAUGUACAUAACUUAACAUUCUUAUAUUGUUGGACAACUUGUUUCAAAAUGUUCCUUUUGUUCAUGUUUUAGUGUUAGUGUUUUACCGUCAAUCAUUCAAAGAAUUCUGCACCUUAAUUAUAAGUAAAUAUAAAAAAAUUACCUUUUUUAUAGUCAUAAAGUCUCCAGAACAUACUUUGCCAUCAACUUAUCUGAAAAAUUGAAGACCUUUGGGAAUUUCACAUACUGACUGUUCAAGAGAGAUAACCAUUUCUAAACAUUCUGUGACUACCCAGAUCUGCUCCCAUUGAAAAAGAUAUUAUUUCAUUCUUUUGUCCACUGCAUGGAUCUACUCUUUUCUGGAGACAGUCCUGUAAAGCAGUUGGACUACUCGGACAGUUCACACGUAGGGCCGCCCUCUUGUCUGCCAAGUGUAUCACGUAAGGCAGCAUAUCCCUUUUCUUUCCUCUGACAAGAUGCAGGAGCUCAGACCUCAUCAUUGAUUGGUUAGCUCAACAGCUGUCAUCUCAUCGUCCUCAAAACUGGAAGAACUGAGAUUAUACCUUCCCACUGACCCCACAUAUAUUGUCUUUUAAAAAACUUUGCCUGCAAGGAGGAAAAACCCUGAAAUUUGAGUGUUCAUGUUUUACAGGAUACCCUUUGUAGGUUACUUGUUUUAUGUGUUAAUAUGAUUUAUGUGUUAAUCUCUGUCUAUUACAGAGAUCUAUUUUUUAAUUGUAGGUAACAUUAAGAAGACAAUUUUCCCCCUAAUAAAACCUCUUAAAUUCUUUAGGAUUUGUUUUCCUCUUAGCACUUAAAAUAUUACCCUUUAUUUACAUGCAAAAUGGUCAUACUUUUCACAAGGAAAGGAUUAACGGUCAUUUCCCAAGCUAGAAUGGUUGCCAGCUCCUAUUCUUGAUUUUAAUUUAAUUUUUUAUUGGUGCCCUACAUAAAUGAAGAUGGAAGUUUAAGAUCUGUUUGUACAUAGAAGGAAAACAAUCUUAAAUUUGAAUUGCUGGAAUCAUAGUAGUCCUAAGAGACGAAAAGUUUCACCAUGUAUCCUCCAAAUAUUUAGCCAAGGUCAUCAACACCAUGCAGGGAUGGAGCUCCUUAGUAUGGCGAAGGAAAUAUGAUUGUUCUUGAGCCAAAGUCAUUCAGUUUGAGUGCAAUGAAACAUACCCUGAUGGUUAAAACUGCUGGAAAAUAAAAGGAUUUCUCUUCAGAAGCAGCAGAAGGUGCCGUUCUUAGUUAAAACCAAACUGGGAAAAGCAAUACUGGAUAUAAUACAUGGGUUUAAUCCUACCAGGUUGAGUUUCAAAAGGCAGUUAUUUCUUUGUUACUGAAUUUUCAGAAUGUCCUUAAUGCAGAAAGCUUAAUAUAUGUUCACUGUUUAGUUUGUAGCCAUCCUUUUUUGUAUUAAGUAUAUUCUGUCUUCAAUAAAGAAAUCCUCUGCAUGUGGUAAGUAAGUAACGUAAGUGCAAUUAAAUGACCUGGACUUUAAGUGAUAAUGUAAAAGCACAGUCUUUAGCCAUACUCUACUUGUGUCACAAAAGCGCUGAACAACUGAAGUUUUCUAUUUGGCUUUCCCAUGAUGUUGUGAGAUAAUGUCAACACUAAUUCGAAAAUUGUAAAUCUAUGGUGAUGUUAUUUGUCUUAUUUCUGUUUAGAAAGAAAGAAGUAAAUGGUGCCAGUGUUCCUCU